ACGACGUCAUUUCCCGGAAGUGAAGCUAUCGCAACACGGAAGCGGAGGAAAGAAAACAAAUAAUCGUUCAAAAUUCUUGUCGAAGUCUGAGGAGGACGCCCUAAAUAACAUCGUUUAGUUUGUGGAUUAGUGUCUUCUUAGGACGAGCCUGGUACAAGAUGGAAUUCUUGUUUGGGAAGAGGAAGACUCCAGAGGAGAUGCUGAAGCAGAAUCAGAGGGCACUCAAUCGGGCCAUGAGAGAACUGGACAGAGAGCGAAUGAAACUGGAGCAACAGGAGAAGAAGAUCAUCGCUGACAUAAAGAAAAUGGCCAAACAGGGACAGAUGGACGCCGUCAAGAUCAUGGCCAAGGAUUUGGUUCGCACAAGACGCUACGUGAAGAAGUUCAUCAUGAUGAAAGCCAACAUUCAGGCCGUCAGUCUCAAGAUACAGACGCUCAAGUCCAACAACAGCAUGGCGCAGGCCAUGAAAGGUGUCACCAAAGCCAUGGCCACCAUGAACAGACAGCUGAAACUGCCCCAGAUUCAGAAGAUCAUGAUGGAGUUCGAGCGACAGAGUGAAAUCAUGGACAUGAAGGAGGAGAUGAUGAAUGACGCCAUCGACGACGCCAUGGGUGAUGAGGAUGAUGAGGAGGAGAGUGACGCCAUCGUGUCUCAAGUCCUGGACGAGCUGGGUCUGAAUCUGUCAGACGAACUGUCAAAUCUUCCGAGCACCGGCGGCAGCUUGUCCGUGGCCGGAGGAAAGAAGGCCGAGCCCCAGGCCGCCCUGGCCGACGCAGACGCCGAUCUGGAGGAGCGGCUGAAUAACCUCCGAAAAGACUGAACAGGCAGUAACUGACGAGCAGACGAGCGCGCCGCGGCGAGGCCGUUAAUACAGAUACAAACAUACUCUGAUCUGUGUCUAGAUUGUUUUUGAAGGGGAUAGCUGGCAGAACACUGGCUGUCUGUGUAGCGAUGGUGUAUGGCUUUCUUUUUGAGGUGUUUUCAUUUUGUUUUAUGCGUGUAUUAUGUAUUUUAUCAACAAAAAAAUACAAGGGUCAUUAUCCUCCGUAGGUCUAGUAAACUCUUGUCUCGUUUAAAGACGUUGCCAAAUGACACAAAUUCUCUGAAAGUGAAAAUAUAUUUCACAGUUUGUGUAAAUACUAACUCCUCAAGGCAUAUUUUCACCAUUUAAAUUAACACUAAAAUGUUUAAAUGAACCCAAAUGAGAGCUGGUAACAUUACAGAAGUGGAUUUUUUUUUUUAUAUCUUUGACAAAUGUCAGCACUUUUUGUACAUCAGGCUAGUGUGAUGUUCUGUGUACGCAGGACGUCGUUACAUAGUUUAAGUGAUAAGAAGCGUUUCAGACGGCGUUUGAUUUGCAAGAGUUGACAGCUGUCAGGUUGAAGAUGCUGUACAAAAAGUGUAUCAUCUCAACAUCUUUUUUUUUUGUGUUUAAAUUCACUAAUGGGAUGGUCUAUCAUACAGAAAUAUAUACGUGAAGGAUGAAAGGCAAAGAGAAGUCUGGCUGACUCCCAGAGAGACACUCCAGUUGUGACCUGUCAGUGGUGUUUUUAAGAUCAGCAGGAUUUUCACCAAAAUGUUCAUAAGGAGUCAGCGGUGUUUAUUUUUGAGAUACUGUCCUGUUUCCAUUUUCUUUAUUCAAUAAACUGUUUGUUUUUUUUCCAGA